CCGGCUCUGGGCUUUCCAGACGCCAGGUUCCCUCAUUUUCUUCUGCUGGGUCAGCUAUGGCGGCCGUGAAGACCCUGAACCCCAAGGCUGAGGUGGCCUGAGCCCAUGCGGCGUUGGCCGUCAACAUCAGCGUGGCCUGGGGGCUGCUGUACGUGCUGAGGACCAACUUGGGGCUUAAGGGCACCAUGAAGAUGCUUGUUUCUGGUGCUGGAGACAUCAAGCUCACUAAAGAUGGAAAUGUGCUGCUUCAUGAAAUGCAAAUUCAACACGCAACAGCCUCCUUAAUAGCCAAAGUAGCAACAGCCCAGGAUGACAUAAAUGGUGAUGGUACUACUUCCAAUGUCCUAAUCAUUGGAGAGCUCCUGAAGCAGGUGGAUCUCUACAUUUCUGAAGGUCUUCAUCCCAGAAUAAUUACAGAAGGAUCUGACGCUGCAAAGGAAAAGGCACUUCAGUUUUUGGAACAAGUCAAACUAAGCAAAGAGAUGGACAGGGAAACACUUAUAGAUGUGGCCAGAACAUCCCUACGUACUAAAGUUCAUGCUGAACUUGCUGAUGUCUUAACAGAGGCUGUAGUGGACUCCAUUUUAGCCAUUAAAAAACAAGAUGAACCUAUUGACCUCUUCAUGGUUGAGAUCAUGGAGAUGAAACAUAAAUCUGAAACUGAUGCAAGCUUAAUCAGAGGUCUUGUUUUGGACCAUGGGACAUGGCAUCCUGAUAUGAAAAAGAGAGUAAAAGAUGCGUACAUCCUCACAUGCAAUGUGUCAUUAGAAUAUGGAAAAACAGAAGUGAAUUCCGGCUUUUUUUUUUUUUUUUUUUUUUACAAGAGUGCAGAGGAGAAAGUAGUGAAAGCUGAAAGAAAAUUCAUUGAAGACAGAGUUAAAAAAAUGAUAGACCUGAAAACGAAAGUCUGUGGUGAUUCAGAUAAAGGAUUUGUUGUUAUUAAUCAAAAGGGAAUUGACCCCUUUUCCUUAGAUGCUCUUGCAAAAGAAGGCAUAGUAGCUCUGUGCAGAGCUAAAAGGAGAAAUGUGGAAAGGCUGACUCUUGCUUGUGGUGGAGUAGCCCUAAAUUCUCUUGAUGACCUAAAUCCUGAUUGUUUGGGACAUGCAGGACUUGUCUAUGAAUAUACAUUGGGAAAAGACAAGUUCACCUUUAUUGAGAAAUAUAACAAUCCUCGCUCGGUCACAUUACUGAUCAAAGGACCAAAUAAUCACACACUUACUCAAAUCAAAGAUGCAAUAAGAGAUGGCUUGAGGGCUGUUUAAAAUACUACUGAUGAUGGGUGUGUAGUUCCAGGUGCUGGUGCAGUGGAAGUGGCAAUGGCAGAAGCCCUGAUUAAAUACAAGCGCAGUGUAAAGGGCAGGGCCCAACUUGGAGUUCAAGCAUUUGCUGAUGCAUUGCUCAUGAUUCCCAAGGUUCUUGCUCAGAACUCUGUUUUUGACCUUCAGGAAACACUAGUUAAAGUUCAAGCAGAACAUUCAGAAUCAGGACAACUCGUGGGUGUGGACUUGAAUACAGGUGAGCCAAUGGUAGCAGCAGAAGUAGGCACCAGGGAUAACUAUUGUGUAAAGAAACAGCUUCUUCAUUCCUGCUCUGCGAUUGCCACCAACAUUCUCCUGGUUGAUGAGAUCAUGAGAGCUGGAAUGUCUUCUCUCAAAAGCUGA